UUACAUAUCAUUUGGCAUCAAUUAGUUUAACAAUGAUGUUUUUUUCGUGCGUUGGAUAUAUAGUGUUAAUUGUUGUUACCAUUUAUUUUAUAUUGGCUUUGAAACAAUGGAUACGACUAUUCAAAUAUAUAAAUUUGUUGCCUGGAUCACGGGCCAAAUCUUUCCUCGCACAUUCGACUGAUUUGGUGAAAGGUAGAGCAUCUGUAUUCAAAACACUUCGAUACUGGGGUAAAACGUAUGGACCGGUGUAUAAUAUCUCUGCAACAAGUUUGUUUCCUUCUGCCAAUAUUUCUGGGUCUGAAGAAUUUGAAAAAAUAGCCUCAACAACAAAACAUAUCGAGAAGAGCUCAAUUUAUAAGCUAUUUGACCGAUGGUUGGGACAAGGACUUUUGACAAGUACAGGAUCCUUAUGGCACACUCGCAGAAAAAUUCUCACUCCAGCUUUCCAUUUCAGUAUAUUGCAAAAUUUCGUUUCUAUUUUCAAUUCUGAAACUAAAAAGUUGGUGAAUGAUUUACAAAAAGAAACCGAUAAACCUUGGAUAAAUAUUUUACCUCAUAUUUCGUUAUUCACAUUAUAUUCAAUUACAGAGACUUCGAUGGGAUCAACUUUGAAUAUAAGUACAUCUGCAGAUAAGUCCUAUAUUAAAGCUAUUCUAGAACUUGGAGGGCUAUUGGCUGAAAGGCUAUUGAGACCUUGGGGUUAUAAUAAACUUUACGAUUAUAUUUCUCCAGACGGUAUAAAAGAGAGAAAGAUAACGAAUGAUAUACAUGAUUUCACCCAGAAGAUUAUAACAGAAAGAUCUAAACAAUUUAAAAAAUUUCAAGUUCCGAGUGAAAAUGAUAGCUAUUCUAUGAGGAAGAAGUUGGCGUUUCUAGAUUUGCUUCUAAAUGGAAAAGAAGAUGGAAAUAUAGAUGAUCAAGGGAUAAAAGAUGAGGUUAAUACUUUUAUGUUCGAGGGCCACGACACAACAUCUAUGUCAAUUUGCUUUACCUUGAUGCUAUUAGCUAAUUAUCGUAAAUAUCAGGAUGAGAUAUAUGAAGAAGUUGUCACCGUUAUUGGUGAUAAUGAAGAUCCGGACAUAAAUAGAUUAAAUGAUUUGAGAUUAAUGGAGAGAUUCAUCAAAGAAAGCUUGAGGCUGUAUCCUAGUGUACCGUUUAUAUCUAGAAGUUUGGAAGAAGACACAAUCGUUAACGGAUAUCUUUUACCAAACAAAGCUAUUGUGAAUAUUCACAUUUUCGAUAUCCAUCGAAAUGAAAAAGAUUGGCCGGAGCCCGAAAAAUUUGACCCCGAUAGGUUUUUACCAGAAAAUUGUGUUAAUAGACAUCCUUAUGCUUAUGUUCCAUUUAGUGCUGGUCCUCGAAAUUGUAUAGGUCAAAGGUUUGCGAUGCUCGAAAUAAAAGCAGUUCUAUGUGGCAUAUUGAGAAACUUCAUUUUAGAACCCAUAGAUACACCUGAAACUAUUAGAAUGGUAACCGAUCUCGUACUGAGACCAGAGAACAAUAACAUAAAAAUUAAAAUAUCUCCAAGACAUAAUAAGAUAUAAAUCAGUUCCAGAAAUAAUAUACAUACAAGCGCAAUAUUAA